GAGACGUGAAGCUGACCUGAGCUUUCGUCAACGUUUGUAAGACGUUCACUAAACUGAAACAGUAAAAGCAAGAGCUGGCACAAGCUCUCCAAGUCUCCAGCCAAGAUUAAGCUGUUUUCUUUGUCGUAUUCAUAUUAUAUGUUUAUUUCCGUUGAGUUGGAGUUAUCAAUGAGGUCAAAAUGAUCACUGCAGUAAGAUGUAAGAUUCACCAACGUAAUAUUAGUGAACAUUAUUAUCCCUUUGGUAACACAAGAAUUCGAAAUGUGUUGAAAGACUUCAACUGUAAAAUUAGUGGGGAUUCUACUGAAGCAACAAAGGUACUCUUCUUAGGAUGUGGUGACCUCAGGAAUGCAUUCCAAGCAACAAUUGCAAAACACCUACAAGUCUUGGACAUUCAUGUGAAUGAUGUCCAUCCAGCAGUUCUUGCUCGCAAUAUCAUCAUUUUGAAAAUUAUUUCAGCCCCUGAUUUCAAUCCGAAUGACAUUGAAGAUAUUUCUUUCCUGUGGGAUGUCUGGUAUAACAUGGAUUGGCCUGAAGUGACACGAAAGAGGUUUCUUUCAGUCAUAAAAGACCUGUUGGAUAACAAAUUGCCAGAUGAGGUUGUUAUUCCUAAAAGAACGGACAUUGAAAUGUUUAUGGCAUUGUGGGAGACCUGGCAGUCUGUUUCUUCAACUACAGUUUUUGAAUCUGAAAUUCUAUUAAAGAAAGUCCAGAAACAAAGAAAGGAGCUACUGUUAAGGCCGUCUUGCAACAGUAACCCGGAAGACCUGGCCGAAACGAAAGCUGUUGCGCUUAAGAAAUUAGUCGAAGGACUUCAAGUAGGAAGUGUUGACUUAGAAAAUUCCGUUUGGGAAAAAAUUCACGAAGAAGCUCGAAGUUGUUUCAACAAAGGCAGUUGCCGUCUUCAAAAAGAUGUUUCGAUUGUUUGCGUCAAUCCAACAUUGCUAGACUCGACAACCCUCAAUUGGGGACCAACAUUAUGCCGAUCGCUUCCUUUUGAUGGCUACCUACCGCUAACCGAAGAAGAGCUAAACACGUCACAUGAAAACGGAAUCCUGCUUCGCUCCUGCCAAAAAAUACUCAAGACCCUUGUCCAUUCUUACCGAAGUCGUGCCGGAUUCAUUAAAAUGUUUUUUCAUUUGGGGGAUGCUCUGGAAUUUUGCUACACUGAUACCAACAAGUUUGACGUCAUCGACAGCACUAUUUUUGUCGGAGGCACCGGAUUAGGAAAUUUAAUCAUGGCAUGUAGCCAAAGGAUGUCGGAUAAACCUGGGUCGAUGUUUUUAACAGAAAUUGUGACAGAUAGCUUCGAGUGUGCUUCAGCUGUAAAAGAAUUGAUCGAAAAAUCGCUUUGCGCUCCGUUGAGCCUCAUUCCUACCAUUUACGGACUGCGACUGGUAAAUCACGUCGAACUAGGAAACGCUUCACACCAUCUCUGCUGGCAAAAAGUAGCCCCAUUCCAGAAUAUCACCAUGGGUUCUUCACCUGUAAUAAAGAAAUGCUUGGAAAAGCUAGCUGAGAAGUGUUAUUGUGUCUCGUUUCCUUAUCAUGAAGACAUGGAAGAAGCUGAAGGUUGGGAGCUGUUGGUCUAUACGCCGCUAACAUUUGUGUAUGUCUGCAGUUCAAUGUUCCAUCGUCUUGGGAAUGGACCUUGGUUACAAGAUGUUUUCAAACUGAAACAUUCUUUCUGUUUUGACCUAACAAAACGAACUCUAACUGAUUGGAUGCAAGGAAAGAAGAUCACCAAGUACCUAUCUCGCAUCAAGUUGAAUCCCUUGGACAAAACUGCAGCCAAUACCAAACUGACCGGAGCCAAUAUGCUUCGAUUGAUCCUGCUUCCCAAAACUUUCGUUUCGGAGUUUUUGAACAAAAUGAAGAAAGGCUGGGUAGAUGUUUCUACACCACUUGUGCAUUUCAUCGACAACUUUCAGCUUCAAGUAAACCAAACCGCAAUUGGAAUAAAGGAAAUUUGCGUUUCAUUUUUCUUGAUCCCGAAUCACGGACUGAAAAAGACUCACACUGCUAUCGUCGUGGAUCCACAGUUUUUGAAGCAUUAUUUUACAUUAGGAUCUAUGGAAUCUAUGCAAGAAGAGGAAUUGAAUCUACCUUAUCCAUUCGAAAUAAGUAAAGCUCAACUUCCGUCGUCCAACACGCGAAUGAAGGUUCUUAGCUGCAUUGAGACUGAGGAUCAGUACACACUCGAUAUUGAGCUUGAAGACGGUAGUGAUAUUUCGAGAUUGCUGGUGGAUCCUAGUGAAAAUCCUCCCUGCGAGUCUUUCCACGAAAUCACUCUAUCCCUGAUAAACCCCUCAAGAAAGGAGCCGUUGAAGCUGUUCUUUCCAUUUCCGGUCAUUCUUAUGGAAGAGCCCCAUGCUGUCGUUCGCGAAUAUCGUUACCUCGAUUUGGUGUUGAUGAAAGCCAUGUUUGAGCCGUGGCCCAUCGAUUUCUCCGGUCGUUGCAAAAUGGAUGUUAGAAAUUGGAAGCCCUGGGUAGAGAAAUCAGUUGAACGCUCCUCAACCGCCCUACCUGUGAAAUCUUUAAAGCGCCAUCUCGACAGUCAGUUUCCCUCAUGUUGGUGCGACAUUCAUCCUUCUCUGCCAUACGAUUCCGCUUUGUCACGUGUUCGGCGUCUUAUUCGCGAAUUGUAUUCGAGUCCCAAAGAAUUCGUUUCCGUUGGUUUAAAUCAACAAUGGUACCAUCUUCGACUCCACCGACCCAUUGUCACCUCCCCGGAUGGCCAACCAAUUUUGCUUAUAUCGGCUUAUGACGACAUGGUCGUUGAUCAGGCUGUGACCUCCUUAAUGAUUAUGGAUCCGACAGAGGCUGGACUAGGUUAUAUUGCAGGUCUGGUGAAGGGUUCUUUUCUACGAGUGUUUCCCGAUUCGUAUAUUAAACAUGUUGGAAAAAAAGGAUUCAGUUUCUCUGUCGGUAGUGAAGAAUUCCAGUUAUUUCGUUUGCUCCUGCGUCUUAACUCCAAUAUUGAACCCAACACCUGGCAGAAGAACAAUAUUCCUAUGGUGCCCUUCAGCCCGUGGAUUAUCACGUUCCUUUCACCACUCUACCUGACUGAUCCUCCCUUGGCGAGAUAUUUUGGCGAUCAUGCUUCUUCCUGCGGAUUCCCUUGUGAUGAACCGCAUGCGGAUGACCGGAAAUGCUGUGCCGCCUGCAAGAAAACAUCUGAAAACUUGAAGGUUUGCGCUCGCUGCCGUUCUGCUUCUUAUUGCAACGUCGACUGUCAACGUGCUGACUGGCCAAAACACAAAGCUGUCUGCAAAAGUUUGUAACUUUUGUCAAUUUACACGUUCAUUCGAGUUGUCCACGAGUUUGAUUUAACUUCAAUUAAACCCCAAAAAUCCCGUUUUCUACUCUGUUUAAAUGUUGAGGCACCUGCUACUGCCAGGCAUUUGCCAUUCAGAAUUGUUUGCUUUUUCCCUAAAAUUUGUGUUCUGGUUUUGUGUUUUGGUUUAAAUACAAUUGAUUACA